AUGUUCGCCACCCACUGGGCGCCUUUUGCGCUGCUGCUGCUGCUGAGUUCCCUUUGCCAGGUCUUCCUGGUCAAUGGCCAAUGUGAUGGCCGCUGUGUGCGCAGCCCCACUGGGCAGCUGUACCGCUUUAUACCCGUACGCUUGUAUACGCCGGACCAGCUGGGGGAUAAUGUGGAGCUGGUGCGUCAACCACGACAACAGCAAAUCGUACAGGAAGUCGUUGUGGAGAAUAACUUCAAUUUGCCGGGCAGAGGCUUUGGUAGACCACCCUUUGGCGGACCGCCGUUCGGCAGGCCAUCAUUUGGCGGUAGCGGCUUUAGCGGGGGCUUUGGCGGAGGCUUUGGCGGUGGUUUCAGUAGCGGCUUUGGACGCAGCUACAAUGCGGAGGAGCCAGAAGAGAAACAGCAGCCACAGCAGCCACAGCAGCCACAACAGCCAGCGCCAGUUACAUAUGCGGCGCCCAGCGUUCCAUCGCCUCCCUGUGCCAAAAACUAUGUCUUCUCCUGUGAAGCGGUGCUGAAGCCUGUGCCCUGUGGCCACGCAGCGCCAGCUGGCAAUUGUGGCUAUUGA